AUGGCUUCUGUACAGCCGGUCAACGGCACCCCUGGCCCUGGCCAAGGUGUCAUACCCUCCCUGCCUGCAGGCCUCACCAAGGAGCAGGUUCAGGCAACGUAUAUGAAAUAUCAACAAAUGAAGGCGCAGAAUGUUUCCGAAUCCGAUCCCGAAUUCAUCAAGGCGCGUAAUUUGCUCGCUGCCGUCUCGCAGCAAACGAACCUGCAGAAGCAGCGCCAGCGGUACAUGAUGGAGCAGCAGCAGAAGCAACAGCAGUUGCAACAGCAGCAGCAGGCACAACAACAACAGAAUGGCACUGCUCAUGCUGCUACCACGAACGGUGCACAGGCGUCUUCGACUCCCUCCGCCAACGGCCAAGCCGGGACACCUACACUGCCUUCAAACAACGAUUCUAGCGCAAACACUGGCACGCAGCAAACUGCUGGCACCGAAAAGCCCGCUACUCCGAACGCGCAUCCCGCAUUCACCCAAACGCAGGUCUUGACACUGCGGGCGCAAAUCGCUGCAUUCAAGCGUCUUUCCCGCAACAUGACCAUCACACCUGAGAUGCAGCAGGCUCUAUUUCCUUCCAAACAAGCAACCAAGUCGCCAACUCCCGCUGAGCGUGUCGCUGCCGCUGGUCAAGUGUUAGAUAAUGCUCAGGCUGCCGCCGCUGACGCCAACAAGGAAGAGUCCAAUGCUCACAAGGGAUUCAAGACGACGACCGACCCAUUCUCAAUGUUCCCGAAGUCUAUUACGUACGCCGAGCACAAUAACCGUGAACGCCGGUCCAUUCUUCCCAGCAUUAUGCCCACCGGUGUCGACGUUGACAAGGUCCGCGAGGAACGCGAAAUCGUCCUUUACAACCGGAUUCAGGCUAGGAAGGCGGAGCUCGAGUCAUUGCCAGCAAAUGUCGGCAUUUGGGAUACAAGCAAAUCGGAUACCCCUACAGAUGAGCAUGCGAAGAACUUGAAGCUGAAGGCUUUGAUCGAGUACAAAAAGCUGUGUCUUUUGCCCAAGCAACGUGCGCUCAGGCAGGAGAUUGGACGGCAAAUGCUGUAUGCGGACAACCUGGCCAUGACAGCCAACCGGGCCAUGUACCGCCGUCUCAAGAAGCAGUCCAUCCGUGAAGCUCGCAUCACCGAGAAGCUCGAGAAGCAACAACGGGAUGCCCGGGAGACCAAGGAGAAGAAGAAGCAGACUGACCAGCUCAAGGCCGUGCUCGCCCGUGGAGAAGAAAUCCAGAAGGCGGCGCAAAACCAGCGCAUGCGUAUGCAGAGGCUCGGUCGCGCCAUGAUGUCGACUCACCAGAACAUCGAAAAGGAAGAACAGAAGCGCGUGGAGCGUACGGCAAAGCAGCGUCUCCAGGCCCUGAAGGCGAACGACGAGGAGACUUACCUGAAGCUCCUUGGUCAAGCAAAAGAUACUCGUAUUUCUCACCUGCUCAAACAAACCGAUGGUUUCCUCAACCAGUUGGCUGCUUCCGUCAAGGCUCAACAGCGGAGUGCUACCGACAGGUGGGGCGGAGAUGCUCCCGAUUCCGAUUCCGAGGACGACGACAGCGACCUCGACGAGGAUGACCCGAACAGGAAGUCGAACAAGGUCGACUACUAUGAGGUUGCCCACCGUAUCAAGGAAGAGGUCGUCGAGCAGUCUACCAACCUGGUUGGUGGCAAGCUGAAAGAGUAUCAGCUCAAGGGUCUGCAGUGGAUGAUUUCGCUGUACAACAACAACCUGAACGGUAUUCUGGCCGAUGAGAUGGGUCUUGGCAAGACCAUCCAGACCAUCAGUUUGAUCACCUAUUUGAUCGAGAAAAAGCAACAGCCCGGUCCCUACCUUGUCAUUGUUCCGCUGAGUACUCUCACGAACUGGAACAGCGAAUUCGAGAAGUGGGCACCGAGUGUGCAGCGCAUCGUCUACAAGGGUCCUCCUCAGCAGCGUAAACAGCAGCAGCAGCAGAUCCGCUGGGGACAAUUCCAGGUUCUGCUUACGACUUACGAGUUCAUCAUCAAGGACCGCCCGAUUCUCAGCAAGAUCAAGUGGCUGCACAUGAUUGUUGAUGAAGGUCAUCGUAUGAAGAACUCCAACUCGAAGCUCAGCAGUACCAUCACUCAGUACUACACCACGCGCUACCGUCUCAUUCUUACCGGUACUCCGCUCCAGAACAACCUUCCUGAGCUUUGGGCGCUGCUCAACUUCGUUCUUCCCAACAUCUUCAAGUCCGUCAAGUCUUUCGAUGAGUGGUUCAACACACCGUUCGCGAAUACUGGCGGUCAAGACAAGAUGGAGCUCAGCGAAGAAGAGCAGUUGCUUGUCAUUCGCCGUCUUCACAAGGUGCUUCGGCCCUUCCUGCUGCGCCGUCUCAAGAAGGACGUGGAGAAGGACCUUCCCGACAAGCAAGAGCGCGUCAUCAAGUGUACCUUCUCUGCGCUUCAGGCCAAACUGUACAAGCAGCUUGUCAACCACAACAGGCUCAUGGUCAGCGACGGCAAGGGCGGCAAGACCGGCAUGCGUGGUCUGAGCAAUAUGCUCAUGCAACUGCGCAAGCUCUGUAACCAUCCUUUUGUCUUCGAAGAGGUUGAAGACCAAAUCAACCCUGGCAGAGGCACCAACGAUCUCCUUUGGCGUACCGCCGGUAAAUUCGAGCUGCUCGACAGGAUAUUACCCAAGUUCCAAGCAACGGGCCACAGAGUCUUGAUGUUCUUCCAGAUGACACAGAUCAUGAACAUCAUGGAAGACUUCCUGCGGCUGAGAGGACUUCAAUACCUCCGUCUGGACGGUUCAACAAAGGCUGACGAUCGUUCGGACCUCUUGAAGCUUUUCAACGCUCCCAACUCUCCGUACUUCUGCUUCCUGCUCUCCACCCGUGCUGGUGGUCUUGGACUGAACCUUCAGUCCGCCGAUACCGUCAUCAUCUACGAUUCUGACUGGAAUCCUCACCAGGAUUUGCAGGCUCAAGAUCGUGCCCAUCGUAUCGGUCAGAAGAACGAGGUCCGCAUCCUCCGUUUGAUCAGUUCCAACUCUGUUGAAGAGAAGAUCUUGGAGCGUGCCAACUUCAAGCUGGACAUGGACGGCAAGGUCAUUCAGGCCGGUAAAUUCGAUAACAAGUCCACCAACGAAGAACGUGACGCUAUGCUGAGAAUUAUGCUUGAAUCUGCCGAAGCUGCCGAGAACCUCGAGCAAGCUGAGAUGGAUGACGAGGACCUCAACAUGAUCAUGAUGCGUUCUGACGACGAGCUGAUCACGUUCCGUGAAAUCGAUGAAAGGCGAGCCAGGGACGACCAGUAUGGCCCUGACAAGAGACUUCCUCGCCUGUUCUCUGAGCAGGAAUUGCCAGACAUCUACGUCAAUGACGAUACGGCCAUUGUUGAAGAGGUUGAGGAAACAUACGGUCGCGGUGCUCGUGAAAGGAGAGCUGUCAAAUACGACGAUGGUCUCACAGAAGAGCAAUGGCUCGAGGCUGUCGACAACGACGACGACACGAUCGAGGCAGCCAUUGCCCGCAAAGAAGCUGCCAAGGCACGGCGCGUUGGCAAACAGGAGAAGCGCCCUGCUCGCGAGUUCGAAGUGGUAGAGUCUCCAGCUGUGUCUCGCGAGAGCUCAGAAGAGCCGCAGCCGAAGAAGCGCGGUCGGAAACCGAAGGCUGAGAAGCGGAAAGCGGACGAGGCAUCUUUGGAUGGUGAAACAACUCCUGCCCCUCGGAAGCGGGGCCGUGGGGCCAAGAACACCGAGACACUCAGCGCAGAUGACCGGUCGGCACUGCAAAAGAUCCUGAACAACGUGUUUGAGACUCUCAACGAUCUGGAAGAAGGCCCCGCCCCUGGCGAAGAUCUUGCACCACGCGGCAUUAUCGACCCCUUCAUUCAACUGCCAGACCGCUACGAGUACCCCGAUUACUACCAGAUCAUCACCAAGCCGGUUUGCAUGGAUCAGAUCAAGAAGAAGAUCAACAAGAAAGAGUACCAGCACACACGGCAGUUCAGGCAAGACAUGGCUCUUUUGUGUAACAACUGCCGCACGUACAACGAGGACACGAGUAUCUUGUACCAGGACGCCAACCUCAUCGAGGAAACCUGCGUCAACAAGCUCAGGGAGGAAACACAGGAUUACCCUCAGUUCGCCGACUUCGACGACCGGGGCAACGCAAGCGUCAGGCCCUCGACAGGACCGGUCUCGAGCGCGGGCACUCCCAUGGCAUCCCGCUGA